GAAGAGAGAACCCAUUGAAAGAUAACAAGGUUGUCUUGGUUAUAAAUCUCGUCGACUUCAGCCCCUUUUCACUUCACUUCUUUCGUUCCCACACGCCAUUCUCUCCCUCUCUCUCCUCUAUUCCUGUGUGUGUACGUGAUUGUCUCCGUAUUUUCCACUUUUAAACUGUUCUACUUUUUCUUUCCCAUCUUGUUCCCCACCCUCAUUGCUUCUGUUUUGGGUUUUGGUUUUGAAUCAUAGUUCAUUUUCUUUUAAAUCCAUGGUCUGCAUGCCAUCGAAUUCGUGGUUGGUUCUCUGCUAUCAUCACUUCUCUGCGAUAUAAUUGCUCUGAUCAAAGCUCAGUUCUUUCUUUGCUGUGUUUACACCUUGUAUUCAAUCCUCAACUGGGUUUCUUUGUUCUCGUGCUUUUCCUUCAUUUCCCCUAGUUUUCAUUUUUUUCAUCCCGCGGUUGCUUUUUGAGGAUUGAAAGCUGAAGGAAAAACCAUGAAGUGUUUCUAUAUUUUUAAGGAUAAAUUUAAGAACAAGAAAGGACAAGCAAAUUCAGCCCCAGAACCGAGAGACCAAAGCAAAUCAAAUAGUUCACCUCUGAGUCGUACAGCGAAAUCCUUACCAUCUCCAAGAAGCAUACCUGAAUUGUACAAAGAGAAGGAGCACAAUUUGCGAGUUUUCAGUUUUCAAGAGCUUAAAGAGGCAACAAAUGGUUUUAACAGAUUGCUUAAGAUUGGAGAAGGUGGCUUCGGGAGUGUGUAUAAGGGAACAGUCAGACCUGCCAGUGGUCAAGGCGAUCCUAUAGUGGUUGCCAUUAAAAAGCUCAACAAUCAUGGCUUGCAGGGUCAUAAACAAUGGCUUGCAGAAGUUCAGUUUCUUGGAGUUGUUAGUCACCCGAACCUAGUGAAACUUCUAGGUUACUGCUCUGUUGAUAGUGAAAGAGGGAUCCAACGGCUUCUGGUUUAUGAAUAUAUGCCCAACAGAAGCUUAGAAGAUCAUCUUUUCAAAAGAGGUCCACCCACUCUGUCAUGGAGGAAAAGAUUAGAGAUAAUCCUUGGUGCUGCUGAAGGAUUGGCGUAUUUGCAUGGAGGAAUGGAAGUCCAGGUUAUUUAUCGAGAUUUUAAAUCCUCGAAUGUUCUUUUGGACAAGGACUUUAAACCAAAGCUCUCUGAUUUCGGGCUUGCUAGAGAAGGACCGACGGGUGAUCGAACUCAUGUAUCCACUGCGGUGGUUGGUACAUAUGGAUAUGCUGCUCCCGAAUAUGUUGAAACAGGCCAUCUCACCAUUCACAGUGAUGUAUGGAGUUUCGGCGUCGUUCUCUAUGAAAUCCUUACUGGCAGGCGAACGCUGGAAAGAAAUCACCCUGUAAAAGAGCAGAAGCUUCUAGAUUGGGUGAAACAAUUUCCAGUUGACAGUAAAAGAUUUAGCAUGAUAAUUGAUCCACGACUCAUAAAUGAGUAUUCCUUCAAUGCAGCAAAGCAAAUUGCUAAGUUGGCAGAUAGCUGCCUUAACAAGAAUGCAAAAGAGCGGCCGACAAUGACUCAAGUGGUAGAGAUGUUGAAGCAAAUAAUACAAGAUAUAGAAGGGGGGAACACCUCUACAAAUAGGAAUGCUGAAUCGUCUCAAUCUAACUUGUUAAGGCGCAAACAGAACAAGGUAUAAUUGCUUGGGGGUUGAGCACAAUUGAAUGGCCAUAUUAUCAAUGCGCCUGAAAUCUAUUGAAAAACAAUACCGUGGAGUUACGUAAUUUUGUAUAUGAGUUGAUCCGAAUCAAUCUCAAUUCGACUUAGCUAUAGCAUUCUUUUCUUGUUUUACUGGUUAUCAUUUUUCCUCUGUUAAGUUCAUGAAUGUUGCGAGGCAAUAAGAUAAAGGCACAUAGUAAAUGAUAGAGUGGUUUUGAAUCUUGAUGCUGGCUGAUGUAAUCAUAAUGAUUGAUGCAAUACGAUUUCCAUUAUUUCGCUA